CUGUUUUACUGUAAAUCCCAGAGAAAGUGAGCACUAACGGGAAGGUGGAUUUUAUCCCUCUGGGAAUUCGCCUCGGACCGCCAGCAGUUAACCUUAACUGUAAUUAGGCUCUCGUGAGCGAUGACCCCUUCACAGCGCCAGAGACCUUUACUUUGUUUAGGCACCUUGUGUGGGUGGAACUUCCUGUUUGCACAGAGAGCAGCAUAAAGCCUGGUCGCUCUGAGGACCGUUUGGGGCCAGACCAGCUGCAGGGAGUAGGGCGCAGUCCCGUCUGGUCUCCCCGGCGCCUUCUCUCUGCAACAUGGGGAAGAGCAAACUCCUUCCUCCAAGUCUGAUUCUCCUCCUUCUGGGCUUCCUGCCUGCAGAUGCCUCAGUCUCUGGAAAACCGCAGUAUAUGGUGCUGGUCCCCUCCCUGCUCCACACGGGGACCCCUGAGAAGGGCUGCCUGGUUCUGAGCCACCUGAAUGAGACAGUGACUGUAAGUGCUUCCCUGGAGUCUGUCAGGGAGAACAGGAGCCUCUUCACCGACCUGGUGGCAGAAAAGGACUUAUUCCACUGCGUCUCCUUCACUAUCCCAAGAUCUUCAUCCAAUGAGGAGGUCAUGUUCCUUACUGUCCAAGUGAAAGGACCAACCCAAGAAUUCAAGAGGCGGACCACAGUGGUGGUUAAAAACACAGACAACCUAGUCUUUGUCCAGACAGACAAAUCUACCUACAAACCAAGGCAGAAAGUGAAUUUUCGUAUUUUCUUGGUGGAUGAAAAUUUUCACCCCCUGAAUGAGAGGAUUCCACUAGCAUACAUUCAGGACCCCAAAGGAAAUCGCAUCGCACAAUGGCAGAAUCUCCAGUUGGAGAGUGGCCUCAAGCAAUUGGCCUUUCCGCUCUCGUCAGACCCCAUACAGGGCUCCUACAAGGUGGUGGUUCAGAAGGAAUCAGGUGGAAAAGCACAGCACCCUUUCACCGUGGAAGAAUUUGUGCUUCCCAAGUUUGAAGUGCAAGUAACAAUGCCAAGGAUUAUCACUAUCUUGGAAGAAGAGGUGAAUGUGACAGUAUGCGGCCUAUACACAUACGGGAAGCAGGUCCCAGGACACGUGACUAUGAGGGUGUGCAGAAAGUUCAGUAACCCUUCUAACUGUUACGCUGGAGAGUCACAGGCUGUCUGUGAGAAAUUCAGCCAUCAGCUCAACAGCCAGGGCUGCUUCUCUCAGCAAGUAAACACCAAGAUCUUCCAGAUGAAGAGACAAGGGUAUGAAAUGAGACUUGAAGUGGAGGCCAAGAUCCAAGAAAACGGGACAGAGGUGGAAUUAACAGGCAAUGGGGCCAGUGAAAUAACAAGGACCAUAACCAAACUCUCAUUUGUGAAAGUGGAUCCAUACUUUAGACAUGGGAUCCCCUUCUUUGGGCAGGUGCGCCUCGUGGAUGGGAAAGGGGUCCCCAUGCCAAAUGAACUCGUCUUCAUCACAGCAAAUGAAGCGAACUAUCACACCAAUGCUACCACUGAUGAGCACGGCCUGGUGCAGUUCUCCAUCAACACCACCAACAUUAUGGGUACCACCCUCACUGUCAGGGUCAAACACAAGGAUCAGAGUCCCUGUUAUGGCUACCAAUGGCUGUCAGAAGAAAAUGAAGAAGCUUUUCACACUGCUAAUCUUGUAUUUUCCCUAAGCAAGAGUUUUGUCCAUCUUGAGCCCAUACCUCAUGAACUUCCCUGUGGACAAACUCAGACCGUCCAAGCACAUUAUAUUCUGAAUGGACAGGUCCUGCAGGAGCAAAAGGAGCUCGUGUUCUAUUACCUGUUAAUGGCAAAGGGAGGCAUUGUCCGAUCUGGAACCCAUGUGGUGCCUGUGGAACAGGAAGAUACAAAAGGCCACUUCUCCGUGUCAGUCCCUGUGGAGUCAGACAUCGCUCCCCUUGCUCGAUUGCUCAUCUACGCCAUUCUACCUGAUGGGGAAGUGGUUGGGGAUUCCGCAAAAUAUGAGGUUGAAAAUUGUCUGGACAACAAGGUGGAUCUGAGCUUCAGUCCAGAACGCAGCCUCCCCACCUCACCAGCCCACCUGCGUGUCACAGCCUCCCCUGGCUCCCUCUGCGCCCUGCGGGCCGUGGACCAAAGCGUGCUGCUCCUGCGGCCCGAGGCUGAGCUCUCCGCAGCGACGGUUUACAACCUGCUACCAGUGAAGGACCUCAGUGGUUUCCCUGCAGCUUUGCAUGAGCAGGAGGAAGACGACGAAGACUGUGUCGAUCGCCAUAACAUCUACAUCGAUGGGAUCAUGUAUUCCCCAAUGUCAAACACACAGGAAAAAGAUAUGUAUAGCUUCUUACAGGAUAUGGGCUUAAAGGCAUUCACCAACUCAAAGAUUCAUAAACUCAAAGUAUGUUCACAUCCUGAACAUUAUGAAAUGCAGACAUCUCGAAGACUAUUAGCUACUCCAGACAUGGCACAGAACCAAAUGCUUGGAAGCAAGGAACUUACAAGAAGCGUACGUGUUUCAGAGCCUCUCACAGAGACUGUGCGAAAGUACUUCCCUGAGACAUGGAUCUGGGACUUGGUGGUAGUGGACUCCUCAGGUGUGGCUGAAGUUGGAGUAAGAGUCCCGGAUACCAUCACUGAGUGGAAGGCAGGGGCCCUCUGCCUGUCCAAUGACACUGGGCUUGGUCUCUCUCCGACUGCCUCUCUCCAAGCCUUCCAGCCCUUCUUUGUGGAGCUCACAAUGCCCUACUCUGUGAUCCGCGGAGAGACCUUCACACUCAAGGCCACUGUCCUUAACUACCUUCCCAAAUGCAUCUGGGUCAGUGUGCAGCUAAAAGACUCUCCUGACUUCCUGGAUGUUUCAGGAAAGAAGGAGCCGGAGUCUCACUGCGUCUGCGCAGAUGGCCGGCAAACUGUGUCCUGGGCAGUGAAGCCUAAGUCAUUAGGAAAUGUGAAUUUCACCGUGAGUGCAGAGGCACUAGAGUCUCAGGAGUUAUGUGGGACUGAAGCAGCUGUGGUCCCUGAAUUUGGAAAGAAAGACACAAUCAUUAAGCCCCUGCUGGUCGAACCUGAAGGACUAGAGAAGGAAGUAACAUUCAACUCCCUGCUUUGUCCAUCAGGUGCUGAGGUGUCUGAACAAUUAUCUCUGAAGCUGCCACCAAAUGUGGUAGAAGAUUCUGCCCGAGCCUCCUUCUCAGUGUUGGGAGAUAUAUUGGGCUCUGCCAUGCAAAACACACAGAAUCUCCUCCAGAUGCCCUAUGGCUGCGGAGAACAGAACAUGGUCCUCUUCGCUCCUAACAUCUAUGUUCUGCGUUAUCUAAAUGAAACCGAGCAACUGACCCCAGAGAUCAAGUCCAAGGCCAUUGGCUACCUCAACACUGGUUACCAGACAGAGCUGAAUUACAAGCAUGCAGAUGGCUCCUAUAGCACCUUUGGGGAGAGAUAUGGCAGGAGUGAGGGCAAUACCUGGCUCACGGCCUUCGUGCUCAAGACUUUUGCCCAGGCUCGAGCCUACAUCUUCAUUGACGAAGCACACAUUACCCAAGCCCUCACCUGGCUCUCCCGAAAGCAGAAGGACAAUGGCUGUUUCAGGAGCUCUGGGUCACUGCUCAACAAUGCCAUUAAGGGUGGAGUGGAAGAUGAAGUGACCCUUUCUGCCUAUGUCACCAUCGCCCUUCUGGAGAUUCCUCUCCCUGCCACUCACCCUGUUGUCCGCAAUGCCCUGUUCUGCCUGGAAUCUGCCUGGAAGUCAGCAAAGGAGGGACCCCAUGGCAGCCAUGUCUACACCAAGGCACUGCUGGCCUAUGCCUUUGCACUGGCAGGAAACCAGGACAAGAGGAGAGAUGUGCUCACGUCACUUAAUCAGGAAGCUGUGCACGAAGACAAUUCUGUCCACUGGACACGACCUCAGAAACCUGAGACACCAGAGGGGCAUUUAUACCCACCGCAGGCUCCCUCCGCUGAGGUGGAGAUGACGUCCUACGUGCUCCUCACUUAUCUCACGGCCCAGCCUGCCCCGACCCCAGAGGACCUGACCUCUGGAACGCACACUGUGACGUGGAUCACAAAGCAACAGAAUUCCCAUGGAGGCUUCUCCUCCACCCAGGACACGGUGGUGGCUCUAGAUGCUUUGUCCAAAUACGGAGCAGCCACUUUCACCAGGACCAGGAAGCCCACACAGGUGACCAUCCAAUCAUCAGGGACAUUUUCCCAAAAAUUCCAAGUGGACCACAGCAACCGCCUGCUGCUACAGUGGGUCCCACUGCCAAAGGUGCCGGGAGACUACAGCAUGGCGGCUACAGGAGAAGGGUGUGUCUACCUGCAGACAUCCUUGAAAUACAAUAUUCUGCCGAAAAAGGAAGAGUUCCCAUUUGCUUUGGAGGUGUGGACUCUGCCUCAAACUUGUGAUGGACCCAAGGCCCACACCAGCUUCCAGAUCUCACUGAAUGUCAGUUAUACUGGGACACGUCCUGCCUCCAACAUGGUGAUUGCUGACGUGAAGAUGGUGUCUGGCUUCAUUCCCCUGAAGCCAACAGUGAAACUGCUUGAAACAGCAAAGCAUGUAAACCGAACAGAAGUCAGCAACAACCAUGUUUUGAUUUACCUGGAUAAGGUGACAAGCCAGACACUGAGUUUGUCCUUCAAGGUUCUGCAAGAUAUUGCAGUAACAGACCUGAAACCAGCCAUAGUCAAAGUCUAUGAUUACUAUGAGACAGAUGAGUUUGCAAUUGCUGAGUACAAUGCUCCUUGCAGCAAAGAUCUUGGAAAUGCUUGAAAACCACGUCAAUGAAAACUGCUUAGCUGGAAUCCCUGUUUCACAGACUUGGUUGGUUCUCUGUGGAAGAAAAGGGUUUUGAGCUCUAAAGACUUGAUGAAUAAACCUUUUUUUCUGGUCAGUCUCAA